UAGGAGAAGAUUAAAAAAAAAAAAAAAAAUCAAACGGACAAUUGCUUGGAGGAAGCAAAAGUGUUUAAACCCUCAGUCGGACAUAGAAACAGAAAGAGCAAAGUAGAACUUCUCAGUUUGAUACAAGCGAGAGAAAGAUGAAUGCUCCUGACCGUUACGAGAGAUUUGUUGUCCCUGAAGGCGUCAAAAAGGUUUCGUACGAGAGAGAUACUAAAAUCAUAAAUGCAGCUUCUUUUACAAUUGAGAGAGAAGACCACACCAUUGGCAACAUCCUCCGCAUGCAAUUGCACAGAGACCCCAAUGUGCUUUUUGUUGGAUACAAGCUUCCUCACCCUCUUCAGUACAAAAUUCUUGUCAGGAUUCAUACUACAAGCCAGUCUUCACCAACACAAGCAUACAAUCAAGCUAUUAGUGACCUUGACAAGGAACUGGAUUGUUUGAAAAGUGCCUUUGAGGCUGAGGUGACUAGGUCUUCUGGUGAAUACUGAUACAACAAGCUAUUAAGACUGCGCUGUUUGAUAAAUUAAUGGAUACCAAGGAAGGAGUAGCCUACUGAUUUGUAUCUAAUUUAAGUGUGUAAUUUUUGGCUGUAUGUUGAAUUUGUGGUCUGUGGAUGCUAGUAUGCCAAUGAAAGUUUUAACUGUUAAUUAACUUUGUGUAUUUAGAGCCCACUUUUAGGUGCAAAUAUGAUUUACCAAUGAAGGUUUUGUUUUCCAGAACCAUAGGUUGAUCUAAUAGUUACUAACUUUUUAUCCCACUCUUGUAAUAGAGGUUUGAUUUUCAUCACUUACUGAAUUUUUUUCCGGGUCUUAUUUAUUUUAUGCCA